AUGGAUUUCGAUUACGCCCUGGACAGAGAGCUUCCCAUGGUCAUCAUUAUCGACUAUCACGGUGAUUUCAAGUACGAUCGUUCCGAGUCAAACAAGGCUAUCGCAGCCGUCUAUACUACCAAGCCAGGACAGUACCUCGACUGGAGAGGUCACAUCAUUGCGUACGGAAGCAAGGGACUUCCAUCCGACAUGGAUCCCACCAAAUGCACAGAUGUCAACAUGGCCGACUUCAAGUACGCUGCCGACAUGUUCCUCUCAUGCAAUUCAGGAUAA